GCACUUUAAACUAUGAACUUUUAAAUGUUAAAACUGAACUUUUAAAUACAGUUAAUAAUCUUAAAUAUGCCAGUUUAAUGCUUCGCGAUCUUAGUAUUUACAAUGGUUCGCCUGUAGUUUCAUAUGUUAAAGACUCUUUGAAUAACUUUAAGGUGUUGAAAUUCAAGGACUUUAAAGAUAAAGAUACUAUUAAAGUAAUUGUUGAUGAGGCUGUUGAAAACAGAAAAUUGGUUUAA